GCGGCGCCCUGUGACGUGGCGCUUCCGGCGCGCGGGCGGCGGCGGCGGGAGGCGGUCGGGGAUGGCCUGACCCUGCCCCGCCGGGCACCGAGGGGCUGCGGGCGCCUCCGGGAGCCUCCGCCGGGCCCGGUAAGGUGAGCGCAGCGCUGCCGGUUUGGUCCCUCGGAAGCGAGGAGGAAAAUCCGCAGCGAGGAGCUCCCGUCUCUGCGGAUCUGCGGGCACCGGGAGCAGCCCCGGGGUCUGUUCUGAGCCCGAAGGUGGCACCGGGGCAGCCCCCGGGAUCCCCGCUGCCGCCGCACAGCCCGGUCACACCGGGCACCGGGAGAUCGAGGCGGGGAUAAAGGUCCCCGGCUGAGCGGGGGGGGUCCCGGAGAUGGAGCCCCCGGCCGCCCCCCUCAUCCUGGGGGUGGGGGACGAGGUGACGCUGGUGGCCGGGGUGGCCGUGCUGGUGCUGGCGCUGGUGCUGGCCUGGCUGUCCACGUACGUGGCCGAUGGCAGCGGCCAGCUCCUGGGCACGGGGGACGCGGCCGUCAUCCGCCUCGGGCCGCUCCCGUCCUACGCGGGGCCCGCGGGCGCGGCCGAGGCCCCGGAGCCCCCCAGGGCCCCCGAGAACGCGGAGGAGAAAACAGAGGAGGAAGGGGGGGCGGCGGCACAGGAGGACAGCGGGAGCCCCCCCGAUCCCGGCCUGGAGCAGCUGCUGGACGUGCGGAGCUUGUCCCAAGGCGCCGCUGAGCCCCGUGCCCCCGGGGCAGGGGACGUGUGCCCCGGCCUCAUCAAGAUCCGCCUCAAGUUCCUCAACGACACCGAGGAGGUGGCGGUGGCCCGGCCCGAGGACACCGUGGGGAUUCUCAAGAGCAAAUACUUCCCGGGCCAGGAGAGCCAGAUGAAGCUCAUCUACCGCGGGCAGCUGCUGCAGGACCAGGCGCGGACGCUGCGCUCGCUCCGCAUCACCGACAACUGUGUCAUCCACUGCCACCGCUCCCGGGGGGCCACCGUGGCCACCCCUGCCCUGCCCGAGCCCAGCCCCGCCGGCCCCGCAGCCCCCGGGCUGCCCCUGGGCGGGGGGAGCCUCAUGGUCCCCACAGUCAUGGUGGUGCUGGCACUCGGGUGGUAUUUCCGCAUCAACUACCGGCAGCUCUUCACAGCCCCGGCCACCGUGUCCCUGAUCGGUGUCACCGUCCUGGUCACCUUCCUGGCCUUCGGGGUGUAUGGACAGGCGGGAUGAGGCGGGAAGGAGCUGGGGAGGCACCACGCUGUCCCUGUCCCCAUGCUGUGGGAGCUCAGCGUCCCAGCCUUGCUGCCGGACUUUACCUCCCAAAAAGGGGCUGUGCCCCCCCCCAAACUCCAUUCCCCCUCUCCCAGCCCCAAUCCCAGCUCCAGGGGAGUGGGACAGCACUGGAAAGGGCCGCGGCUUCUUCCCAAGGACUUUUUAAAGCAAAUAAAGGGUGUCAAGGCACCCCAGUGGUCGCCUUCCUGCC